CGCCAACAAGUUGGCUUCUCUGGUUCCCGGCCAAGGGUCCGACCCAGCCUCCCCCGUCCUCCACUGACGUCCAGUGCAGCGCUAGCCGGUGCCCAUCACCGACUUCUUGAUGUCGUCGGCGAACGAAGCUCACUGGUCAAUUGGUGGUCCCCGCUUCAGUGGUCUCACGCUUCAGGAUAAAAUUGAUAACAACGGCAACAAGCUUCUUGCCGAGCGGGAGAGCCGAAGCCCUAUGACGGAGGCUCGCUCUUGUUCUGGCGGAUUAGAGAAGGACAAUAGUGCAGUUUUAGUUUCCCCGCCUCCGGCACCGCUUGCUACCAAGCGACGGAGAUACAUGGCUUUCAUGGACGAUGAUGGGGAAGGAACGGAGGCAGAGGAAAUUGGAGCCGAUAAUCGUAAGGCUCGUAGGAAGUUGGUGAAGAAGCUCUGGGACGAUUUUGAUAGGGUGGCUAUGGAGAAUGAGACAACCGAUCUAUCUGAUACUGGAAACGAGGUGAAAAUUGGGAAAUUGACAAGCUAUGAUGAUGAUGCUACUGUUAUGAAGGUGUCUGAAGAGAUAAAUAAUUCGAAAUAUGAAGCAAAGAAGGCAAAGGCUCGAAAGAAUAAAAAGGUUCAAGGUGAAAAGAAUUCUGGUUCUGGCAAUAAUGGCGUUAGAACUUCCGCAAUAUUGGCAAAGCACGACUCCAACCAGCCUUGAAUUUGAUAAUGGUGCUGCCCAAUUUGUUCUUCUAUCAGUAUCUGGAUUCGCAGAAUUGAUAAUAGAUAGGGCUCCUUUCUGUAGUUUUUCUUUUGUUUUUUCCUUGUUUUAGUUUGAUAGAAAUUAUGGGCUCUCUUGAUGUAUGAUAAUCAGAGUGUUGAGAAGCUCGGCUUAAGUACUUGUGCGUGUGUGUGUAUAUAUUGAAUUUUCUGUUCGUUCGAAA